AUGGCAGCCUUCGAAUGGCCACCAGACGACGAGCUCAAGGGUCUUUUUCGUCCCCCUCCCAUCUCAAAUCCUCCCACAAUUCGCGACCUUUCAAAUGUUUUCCAUUUGAAACGCGAUUUAUUCCAAGUCUCUGACACCUAUUCAAACGAAACCGUUGGCAAACUCGUUCUCUUGGAACAUAAUUUAUGUCGUGCGAGCCUUAACGAAGCACCAGAGCCAGAACCAGAGCCACAUGGAUUGCAAGCCAUCCUUCAACAAAUGCAAGAAAGUCAAACCAUGCUCCUAGCUGCCAUCGAUGCUGCCAGGGCAGAAGCUGCUACCGCCGCCCAAGCAAACGCUGCUGCAAUAGCUGCACUUGAUGCAAGAGUAGCGGGAAUCGACGCGAGAGUAGCCGCAAUCGACACGAGAGUAGCCGCAAUCGACGCGAGAGUAGUCGGAAUUGACAACAAGUUAGACCGUCUCUCCACCGAGAUGCGUCAAAAUCAUGGGGCCGUCGCAAAGAUUUUGAACUCGAUGCAGUCAGCUGGUCUGCGCACCCCCCUCCUCACCGUCCCCUUCGCAAACAACCAGCUGCCCCCUCAGAACCUUGACGUUCUUCGUGAUCGUUUUACUGUUCUCCAUCUCUCAGCGCAUCAACGGAGGCGAUACUACCACGCCUAUUGCCCUGACGGCGCGAUCGCAGACGAUAAUGAGGAUGGACAAACCCAUGCCAUUCUCCAGGCUCUGGGCUGCAAGUCCACGGACAACGAAUUAGGGAAUUAA